GAAAAGUUCUGGUAAAUUUUCGGGGGGGGGGAAAAAUGAAAGGGCUGUCUUGACUAUUUUGUUUUUCUUCUUCCAGGCUGUUCAUACAGGUAUGCGGGCAUAUAUUUAUAAUAAGAAUUCUGUUAUUGGCUCUCAGGCAGAGCAUUCAGGGAUGAGGACGUACUACUUCAGUGCAGAUACCCAAGAGGAUAUGAAUAGCUGGAUCCGGGCUAUGAAUCAAGCUGCUCUUAUGCAAACACGCUCUUCACUGAAGAGAGAAACUGAAAAAGUGGAUCAUCAAGCUGUUCCUCAAGUCAAUCACGUGGAUGCCUGUGAAGAGUAUAUGAAGGCAGAGAGUACAGAUACAAAAGAAAGUUAUCAAAAAUCAGCUGACAUGCUUGGCUAUGAUAAGCGUGAAGAGAUAAGAAGAGAAAAAGGGGAGGAGGAGCGUUAUAUCCACAGAAAAGAAACUCUGGAAACUAAGAAGGGAAAGCCUAAGCAUGCGUUAACAGAAGCUGAUUCAUUAUUUCCAGACUUAACAAAUGCGUCGUGGUCCCAAGUAGCUCAGUCUCAGCCAGCUGAGAAGAAUGGAACGCUUCCUAGCUCAUUAAGUAUGAGUGCUGGCCUAGUGGAGCAGAAUGGUACCAGCUCAUAUAAAAGAGGGUUUGUUCCCAGAACAAAUCCAGAUAAACAGAUUCAAAGAAAAAGUAACAUGGCUCAAGUGGAGCACUGGGUAAAAGUCCAAAAAGGAGAUACAAAAAGCCUCACUUCUGAUCAGACUCUUACACGUCAGGGUCCCAAUCCACCUUUUCCUGAAAACUAUCACACUUUGCCAAAGAAUACCAGGCAGCCUUCAGGGAGCUCACCACCACCACCAAACCGCAACUUGCCGAGUGACUACAAAUAUGCGCAAGAUCGUGUUAGCCACUUGAAGAUGUCCCAGGAGGAAAGGAAAGCAAAUAAGGAUGGAACCGUUUGGCAGCUAUAUGAGUGGCAGCAGAGACAGCAGUUUAAGCAUGGCAGCCCCACUGCCCCACUUUAUGUAGGUUCUUCAGACUUUAUUGAUCGUGGUAAGUCAAAAAGUUCAUUAGAUGUUCCGCGAUCAAUAUCUGUUCCACCCUCUCCGUCUGAUAUUCCUCCACCCGGACCUCCAAAAAGCUUUACCCUGCGGAGACCGCAUACUCCUGCAGAAAGGCUUACAGUUAAACCAUCUGAGGAGAGACAGACUGUAGAUGUUCCUUUUGCUGGAUCACCCAGGAAGAUACGAAAUCGUGCUGUGAAGAGCUCAACUCACGUCGAUCGACGCUCUAUGCCUACUAUGGGCUACAUGACGCAUACUGUGAGUGCGCCCAGUUUGCACGGCAAGUCGGCCGAUGACACUUAUAUCCAGUUGAAAAAGGAUUUGGAGUAUUUGGAUCUGAAGGUGACAGGGCGUGACGCGUUAAAAGAACGAAGUACAAAACCUGUCAAGAUUGCAGAAAGUGAUACUGAUGUCAAGCUAAGCGUUUUCUGUGAGCAGGACAGAAUUUUGCAGGACUUGGAGGACAAAUUAAGAGCCCUUAAGGAAAAUAAAGACCAGCUGGAGUCUGUUUUGGAGGUUUUACACAGGCAGAUGGAACAGUACAAAGACCAACCACAACAUGCAGAAAAAAUUUCUUACCAGCAGAGACUUUUGCAAGAGGAUCUCAUACAUAUUCGGGCUGAAAUAUCCAAAGUUUCAACGGAAAUGGAAAAUGCCUGGAAUGAAUAUCUGAAAUUAGAAAAGGACGUGAGCCAACUGAAAAAAGCCUUACAGGAACAGAUGAAUAGUUCAUUGGUAUCUCAGGAGAAAACACAAAUACAAAAAGACUUGUGGAGAAUUGAAGAUGUUACAGCUGGCUUGAGUGCAAAUAAAACAAACUACAAAACCAUAGUAGACUCUAUCAAGAAUCCAGAGAGAAAAAUAGUGCCUUCGUUUUCUCAGUCUUCAGUGCCUUCCUUACCAGCUUCCCUCGCAACUGCGGAGAACAAACUAUCAGCUCCGCAAAGCCCUCCGCCCAGUCCAGUUAAAUCCUCUCUGGAGGUUAGGCUGUAUCCACAGCCUUAUUUCCAGGCCAGAACGCAGCACCAAGCACAGCAGCUGAAAAAAAUUGAGCCGCCUCUUCAGUCACCAGUUAAGCUAAAGCCAAAGGUUGAAGAUGAAGCACCACCCCGACCUCCUCUCCCUCAGUUGUACAGUCCUGAUGAUCAGCCACCGGCUGUUCCACCUCUCCCAAGAGAAGCCACUGUCAUCAGACACACAUCAGUGCGUGGCCUGAAACGUCAGUCAGACGAAAGAAAGAGAGACAGAGAACUUGGGCAGUAUGUAAAUGGAGAUUACAGGAUGGAACUGCGUUCAUACAUGAGUGAACCAGAACUAGCAACAAUAGGUGGUGACCUCAGCCAACCUUCCAGUGGUUUGAUAUGCUCUGACAGUGGAUACCAGACAUUACCUACCCGUGGUUUAUCUGGAUCAACUUCCAGAUUGCACCAAUCAUCCACCAUUGCAUCAUAUGCAACACUUCGAAGGGAUAGGUCCAAGGAGAGACCAAAGAGUGCCUUGGAACGUUUAUACUCUGGAGACCACCAAAGAGGCAAGAUGAGUGCAGAGGAACAACUGGAAAGAAUGAAGCGCCAUCAGAAGGCAUUAGUUCGUGAACGCAAGAGAACUCUUAGCCAAGGAGAAAGGCAGUCUGUUUCAUCUCGGUCUUUCAUCAGGCCCAUUUCUGCAGACAUAGGCUCAUGGAAAAGAGAGCAAGAAUUUGAUUUGCAGUUACUUGAGAGAGCAAUUCGUGGAGAAGACAAGGACGAAAAUGAAUGGUUAAAAGUUCAGCCAGUAGCAGUGACAGAGACAGACCUGGAGCCUCAAGACUAUGAUUUAGAUAUCAGCAGAGAGCUGUCAAAACCUGAGAAGGUUGCAAUUCCAGAACGCUAUGUUGAACUGGAGCCAGAAGAGCCUCUUUCUACAGAAGAACUGGCAGCAAGACAGCGUAAAGCAGAAAAGAUAAAGAAUAUGCUUACUAAAUCAAGUAUGCACAAUCUACAGCCUACUAUUGCCCAGGACAAACACAACUCGGUUGAUUUAGAUUCACAGCUGCAAGAGCAGGAGCGCAUCAUUACCAUAUCAUACGCUUUGGCUUCUGAAGCCUCUCAGAGGAGCAAGGAGGUAGCAGCCAAAGCAGUAAGUGAACACUGACGUAAGACUCAAAGCAAAUCCCACCUAGUGACACCGUGUGGAAGAAAGGAGAUUCAUUACCAGCUUCCUGUGAAGAUGCUCAUCGACUGAUGACAUGUUCUUCUGGAAAUACAUUCAGAGAAUAAUAGGGGGAUUUUCUAUGAAAAUGAAGAGAAUUGCAAAUCAUUUUAUUUUGACUUCAGUUUAGUUCAGACUUUUUAUAUGAAUAAAUGGCACUUUUAAUAAACUCUAUAAAAUACUGACAAUGUAUUUUUAGGGCAAUGUAUUUUAGGAUUUUUUUAAAUCAAGGGCUGAAUUCAUUUUAAGAGAAACUACUUGCAUAGAUGUUAAAAGAUACUGUUACUUCCCCCUCAGGUUCAGAUGCACAAUGUAAAGUUUCAUGAAAAAAAUGUAAAUUUGAACAAACCUAGAAGCACAUUCAUAGGGUAUGGGUAGAGCAAACAGAAGGGAGAGAUUUGCCGAAAGGGUGUUUUGGAUUGAAUAUGUUUGUAGAGUUAAUCACCCACCCUUUUGCCCAUUAAAUAAUGCAUUGCAAGGAACUUUU